AUGCCUCCAAUUAUGAAUCAAGACUUUUGGGAAACAUUAUCAAAAGAUAUAAAUCGAGGAUUUAUUGCAACAAAUCGUCAAGAUUUUAUUCGUGCUUGCCAACAAAGAAUACGAACCCCAGUAAUGGAUGAAGACAUAAAUGAAAUCGAUACAUUUACUUAUAUUAGAGAAAAAGAUGAUUAUGCCUUUAAUAUAGAAGUUUUAUAUGGUAGUUCGUGUGAGGGAGAAGUCAGACAAUUUGAAAGUAUGAUCAAACAAAUUUAUAAAAAUCCAGAGGAUAAUGAUGUAUAUAAUAAAAAUUUUACAUUCCCUGAAGAUUUAAGAAAACCAAUGGAUGAACUUCCUGAAUAUGAAUUCUAUGAAGAGUACUAUGAUUCAUUAGUUAAAAAUAUAAAUUUAACUGAAAUAACUUCAAAUUCAGAUCAUAUUACGUUUACCCCAAAAUGGUUCUGGGCAAAUCCACUUAACAAAAAACGACAACACUGGAUGAAUCUUAUACGAUUCUUAUGGUAUGCUGAUUUAUCUGAAGCACCCUUAGAUAAUAAAAAUUAUGAUAAUUUGCGUCAAUUAGGCUCGUUCACUUCAGUUAUCACCCGAAACAAACGAGUAUAUAGUCAAAUUCGUAUCUUUAUCAAACAUAGGUGGGAUGUUUCAUGCUUCAUUACAAUGGACCAUUCACGCUACGCAUCCAAGAAAAAUUGUCGAACUAUCAUGAGUCAUGAUGACUAUCAAAAUUCUGAGGAAUGCUCUAAGACUUGCCUUCAUGAUCUAGAUCCAACGAAUCCAAGUCCAUUGCACCAAUACCUAGUUAUGCAAUUUAAUCAUAUCUUUACUACAACUCAAUCAAGUGGUGGAUUCGAUUUCUCUUACAUACAAUUGGUUGACGAAGAUAAUGGAUAUAUAAUGUGCCCUGAAUGUGGAAUAAUCAUUAUUUAUGGUAAAUCUGGACCUCAUAAUUGUGACAAUGACGUUCCUCAAAAUUGUAAAAACGGGCAUAUAAUAGUUACAGGAGAUCAUGAAUAUAGAUGGGAUGCUAUAUUAUUAAGGAAAGGGAAAAAUUGGACAUCUAAACGUCAAAAGUUACCUGAACACAAUGCACUCUUUAAACAACAAAACCCUGAUGCUACAAUUGCCUGUCCUCUUAAUUAUGAUAUGCUACUUAAAGGUAGAAUUAUGCUUUUAACUAUACCUCAUGCAUCUGCUUCAUUUUCUUGUUUACACAAUUUAGAUGUCUUUAAAAGAUAUACUUUAUAUUUCUAUGAUAAUCAUGAAGAAUGUAUUAUUAGUGUUAAUGAUGGUUAUAAUCACUUAAUGGCUUAUAAGAGGCUAAAUGAUGAGAACUAA